AUGUUAUCAAGAGUAAUUAAAUCAUCAUCAACCCCACUUGUUUCAAAAAGAUUAUUUUCAAUUUCAUCAAUAAGAUUAGUUGAUGGAUCAAUUGGUAAAGAUUCAUUUUCAGAAAAAGAAAGAGCUCAAGAAAAUGUUUAUAUUAAAAAACAAGAAGAAGCUCAAUUGAAAAAAUUAAGAGAAAAAUUACAAGAACAAAAAGAUACUAUUGAAAAAUUAGAAGAAGAAAUUAAAAAUCAUAAAAAUGGUAAUUAA